UUGGGCUAAGAACAUGGCCACCAAUAUUCCUCGCCCGCGACGUUGAAUAAUGCUCCGAUGUCUACCUACACAUCAACUCCUAUUGCUUGCCUCGGUGGCCAUGACGAGCCCUGUGAAAGUAGAGAAGAGCGAGAAAGCAGCGGAAGCUGUGCGGAAGCUUGGAGGUCAUGUGCCCAAUUAUCGCGCGCGUGGAGAGCAUCACUAUCGGAUCCCAUUCAAGGACAAGUCCGGACUUGUCAGCGUGCGUCCGCACCCAGACUGGCUGAAGGUCCCUGAACACCAGACCUUGACACAGCUCAAAGCUGCACGACGUGCAGAGCGAAUACCAGAUCUAUCGAUGGACGUUGACGGCGAUGGAGUUGUUGGCCCUACCGAUUACUUUGUGGCGAAGACGUUCGCCAAGGACCUGGACAACCGCCUCACCACUCCUGAACGAAGCCAAGUGGUGGAAGCUCUGGAGAACGGCUUUUUGGACCGAUACGCUUGGGGCUACGACCAGGUUGGAGCACAGCGGAAGAACGUGCUAAAGCAGCUGAGAGGCAAGAUCUACAACGGGGACAAUGCCCAUGAGUUGACCCAGGUGAAUCCGCACUUCAACUCUCACAAGGUUCCCCGCUUUUGGACGGCCUCUGAAAUGAAGAUGCAGCGGAGGGCCGAGGUGGCGAACGCAGCCACGGCACUGAAGGAGGCCCACGAGGCACAGCAUCCCUGGCACAUCCCUGAGCCCACGCUGCGUCAGGAGAACAUGUUGGACGACCCUCCCUUCACUAGCCGGCAUCAGAAAGCGGAAGCUCGACGUCGUGAGGCGCGGCAGUACGGAGGCCUGGACGCGGAAAGCAACGCCGAGAAGCAGCUCCAGGUGCCUGGCUUGAGCUUCGUUGAAGCUCCUCAGGCGUCCACGCAACGCGAGUUGCAAGCGCAGAGGAAGCAGCGGAUGUUGGAUGAUCUCGCAGAGGCUGAGGCGAAGACCGAUUUCGUUCCACCUGAGGUGCGUCACACCCGUGCGGAGUAUGAGGAGCACGAGGCGCGGCGUCCAGAUCCACACGCCAUGACUCAGAACAAGCUUUUCGAUGCCCGGAAGCGGGAAUACAUGGAGUACAACAUGCGACACUUUCCUCAUGCCCACAAGCAGAUGCCACUGUUUUCCGAGCAGGAGGAGCAUUGGUGGAAGAUGAGAAAGACCUAUGUGGCUGAACCCUGGGUUACCUCAUCAAAGAAAAAGAAGCCAGUCACUGGCAAGGUAACAGAGGGCGCCUUUCGGCAGGAGACUCCCGAAAUGCAGGACCUCAGCAUCGCAGCUGGAGGCCAAGCGGUCCAGGGCCGCCUAGAACGAGUGCCUCGAUGGACGCAGCACUUUUUGCCCAAAGGUCUGAUGGCAAAAGUGCCACGUCACUUCGACCGGCUCUUCGAGGGUGCGGACGGUGUGGAUGAUGGAGUGAAGCAAGCGCCAGAGCUCAGUGUGGAUACAGCUCCACUGGACUCCUUCUCUUCCUUCAGAGUCAUCAGAGAGGCGAGUCGAUCGCUCAGCAAUUCAGUGGAGAGCGAGGAAAAGGCAUCGUCGAAGAAACUCCGAAGCGCAAGAGCCAGUACUGUUGGAAGGAGAGACUCCUUCGAAUCAGGUGCUGGUGCAAGGACGAGCAGAUCUGGCUCCUUCCGGCGACCCAGCCAGGGCACCGGGAGGAUGACCCGAGAUUUGCAUCCGACUGUUUGCCUGGUCAGCGCUCUCUUGGAGGAUUUGCCGAUGACCGCACGGGUUCACAGACGACCGGAGGAACUCUCUGCGCGCCCAGCAAGCCAUCCAAAGACUGAAUUGGGACAAAGUUCAGGCCGGGCCAGCGCUCAAAAUCGCCUGGAGACACCGGAUCCAGAGCCACUCAGAGAACAGGAACCUCUCCUCAAGGUUCGCACCGGCGGCUUCCAAUGGUUUGACCAUGCUAAAGAGGACACAGCGGUGUCCCCGGUUGCGCCGGCCUUGCCGGGGGCUUCUGCGUCAGCACGUGGCUCGGUCUUGGCGGAGCAGAGGUGAUGAUGCCGGACCACGUUUCACAGGCUCAAGCUUCUCGUUGCAGCUUUGGAGAUAUAUUGACA